CGAGGUUAUAUUAUUAGAAAAUUAGAAAUUCAACAGACUACAAUUUAAAAUUACUUAAAAAAGAAUUACCUUAAAUGCUUCAUUUAAAAACUAGUAACAAAACGCUGACAAUUCAUUUGUAACAAAAUGUUCCAAUUGCAAAGUUAUUUUCUAUUUCUCUUAACAUUAUUUACGGUGUUUAUUGAUGCUAAUUUAAUAGACCCGCAAGUAGAUUUUCGAGAAAAGGGUAGCAACAAUACUAGCCCUCAACAUAAUGUUACGUUGAUGGUGCCUCAAAAAACUAAUCUUACUCAAAAUGCGACACAAAAAGUAAUUUCUGAAGGUGGAGUAGAGCAAGUUGUUGAACAGCCAAAAACGAAUCAACAAUCUGUUAAAAAUGUAACCAGUAUUAAAAAGGAUGAUGUUACAGUUGGCAAACCAGCUGGAAAUAAUACAAAUAUUACAUUGAGAAAAGACAAACCCGUCCAUGAAGCGUCCAACGAACCAGAAGUUCCUACCUUACUACAUGACUUUGAAAAACCAAUUGUGCCAAAAAAGGGUGUAAAUUUUUCAGAGUCAGACUUGGACCGUACCGGUAGAAAUAUAAGUGCCAAAACUACAAAUUCUUCCACGAUUAUUCAUCAUAAGAAACCUAUUUUUACUGAAUCCGAUAGUGAUUUUAUUGACACAAACACAGACAAAGAAAAUAUUUUAACAGUCGAUCAAAUUGAUCCACUUUUAGCUGACAAAAACUAUAACCGAUCUGACUAUAUUGUUCCUAUAGUUGCAGUUAUUUUAUCUGUACCUUUAGUAGCUAUACUUGCUUCUUUGGUUUAUAAACGGGGAGCCGAUUGGUGGCAACACAGGAACUAUAAAAGGAUGGAUUUUUUAAUCGAGGGAAUUUAUCAUCAUCAAUAAUUAUAAGUGGUUGUUACCUAAAAUGCAUUUAAUUCGCUGUGUCAAAAGUGAUGGAACAAAAUUUUUUGUUGAAUUUUAUGUAGUUUUUAGUCCAAAGAUUUUUACACUGUUUUUGUUUUUAUUAUUGUAACUUUUCUAAGUGCCUUAAUGCAAUAAUACUGUUGUGAUAACUUGAAAAGUAAGAAAAUGCUGUGUAAUUUUUGAUACUGUUUGAUUAUAUUAUUAAAUAAUGAUGCUUCGAUA